ACCCUCUUCCUCACCUGGUCCAGGCUCCAUCUCCCGCCUUUCACCUCCGGCGAACAAACAAUCAGGCGUCUUAGCUCCAUUCCCUCACUCAGAUUUGCGAAGACGGAGUGACGACUUAUCCGCCAAUCAUACGCAGCCACCUGCCUGUUUGAUUUAGCUUAUUCUAGCUAACCUCUUCCAACGAACCCAUUUUAAAGUUCCCAAAUUUCCAAAGGGAAAACUUAAUUUUCAUAGUGGUCCUAAUACAUAAAAGGCCGCAUCUUGAUCUCCUUUCAGGAUGUCGACGGAUAAAGACCCUACCAAUCUGUCUCGUACCUUCAAAUACCUAUUGGCUACUCAAUUUUUGUCUAGAGGAAUACCCUUUGUAUUCAAUACGUGGAUUGUGAGGCAUCUAAAAGAAGAAGACUACGCGCUAUAUGCAGUGCAGUUUUAUCUUUUUGUUACCUGUGUUUUGUUUCUUAGUCGAGAGGGCUUCCGGCGAGCAUGCUUGCGGAUGGACAUGAAACGUGAUGGAUCCUCAAUGGAAGGAGAUGUUGUGAAGCUGAUGAAAGUAGCCUGGAUGAGUCUCCCACUUGGAAUAAUUAUUACAAUUGCAGCUUGCUUGCUCGUCUUCUGGUGGCAAGAAAUUAAUAUUUCUGGUCCUCAAGGGCAAGCUGUUUUGAUCAAUGGUUGCGCGUGUAUUUUGGAGCUUUUGGCUGAACCUUUGUAUAUUCUUUCACAGAACUUGGUCUUGCUGGAAUUGAGGUUGAUGGUUGAGACGGUAGCUACUAUUUCACGAUGCAUGACAAUGUACAUCCUUAUUGUCAAACAUACUGGAAUGGAAAAACCAAUCAUAUUUGCUUUAUCACAGUCUGCAUAUGGAGCCUCCAUAUUUCUGGGCUAUUGGGGCUAUCUGGUUCUCUUCCGCAAAUUCAGAAGUUCUCUCAUUUUCCCAUUCAGGGAACAAAAGGUGAUUGGCUUUGAUAGGCAGCUGUCAAAGAUGUGCAUGCUGUUUACCUUCCAGUCCUUUCGAAAGUUGAUCCUUCAAGAAGGAGAAAAAAUGGUGCUUGUGUGGUUGGACACACCCUAUAAUCAAGCUGUAUAUGGCCUUGUGGACAAAUUAGGCAGUUUAGUGGUGAGGCUGGUCUUUUUACCUUUUGAAGAAAGUUCAUAUUCAACAUUUGCAAGAUUGGUACAAUUUAGCCUAAGAAGUCUUGGGAAAAAUAGGCUUAAAAAUUCAGGGAAAUACCCAGAUAAAGGCAAGAAAUUAGGAAAAUGCUUGAUGGAAUCACUGAAGCUAGUUUUGUUGAUUGGUCUUGUUUUUGUGGCAUUUGGUCCGAGUUAUUCUUAUUCACUUAUUAGAUUGCUUUAUGGUGGAAAAUGGAGUGACGGAGAAGCGUCAACUGCCCUCCAGUAUUAUUGUGUUUAUGUCAUUCUUUUGGCAAUGAAUGGAACAUCUGAAGCCUUCUUACACGCAGUUGCAUCAGAGAGCCAACUCAAACGUUCAAAUGAUUCAUUACUCGUGUUCUCCUUGAUCUAUAUAAUUUUGAAUGUUGUACUCAUAAGAUUAGCUGGGGCUGUCGGCUUGAUCGUGGCUAAUUCCAUGAAUAUGGCCUUGAGGAUUUUAUACUCUGCAAUUUUCAUAAAGAAUUAUUUCCAGGGAUCUUCCUCAUUUUCUUUCCAUAGCUGCCUGCCAUCAGGAUGGACUAUUUUGUUGCUUUCAGGCGUAAUCACGAUCAUUUCAGAGAAAAUCUUUCUAGACCGAGAAAAUUUCUGGCCAACUUUUGCCAUCCAUUUCUCCAUUGGGCUGGCUUGCUUUUGCGUUUCAUCUUAUGUGAUCUAUCGCAGGGAAAAACCUUUCGUCAGAAGAAUAAUUCGCUUUCGAGAUCACUCAGACUGAACGUGCUUGCAAGUUUAGAUGUAAGGUUAAUUUUUGAUCUCUCCACAACAGCUGACUUGGCUUCUUUUGGUCAGAACAAUGAAGAAUUUUUUUUUAAAUUUUUUUUUUUUUUGUGCCAUGUUCAUUAUGCUUCUGGGGUUAAUUACUCAAUACCCAAUGGUUUAUGUAUGUUUCUGCUUUUAUUGAGUCAUAAUGGCAAUUUUCUUCAAUCAUUGAAAAAUAUCUUUUUCAUUUUA